AUGGCACCUGGAACCCGGUUCAUCGUCACGGCGCUGCGUGCUAAAGGGUGGUUUCUAGCUUGUUGCGGCACGAUCGCCGCACAAGGCUUGUACAAUUAUGCAUCACAACCAACAAUUACAUGCAACCAGCACAGUUCAUGCCGUGCAGCCAUGGAUGAGUCGAAGGCAAAAGUGUUGGAAGAAGUCCAGCGCUUGAAGGGGCUUUUGCUGGAUGGAAGCGCAACGAAGGAGUCGGUAAUAUCCGCGUUGGACCAACUCCACAAGCUCGGAAGUUUGUCGACAAGAAUCCUGGGGGAGACAAUGGUGGGCCGAGCUGUUCACGACGUGGGCCGGGACGCCGUGGAUCCCGAGAUCCGAAAAAAGGCUCGAACCCUCGAGGCUCUUUGGAGAAACGAAUACAAGAAGCGGAAGUCAACGACGGGCAUCGGAGACGAGUUGCUCCUGAAGCGGCGCUUGAGCUCCGAUGUCUCAGAGGCACAAGCACCUUCACAAGAGCUCGAUGGUGAAAAUGCGGGCCCAGCAGGACCACAAGGACCAGGACCAUCUCCGACAAUUUAUCCGCCGGAGGCAAGCCGCCUGGAAAGGGCAAGCUCGACGCUGUCUUCAUCCUCCCAGGUGGCAGACAAGAAAGACGAUGCCUAUCGGGAGAAGGUCCGCGCAAAGCUCAUCGACGCUUUGGGCAAGCAGGAAGAGAUCGAAGCCAAGGGCGGCGAGUCCCAAAAGACUUCGACGAUGCGGGACCCGAUCAAGCUCGCAGAAGAGAUCGAGGAGGAGCUCCACAAGGUCUGGCCCAACAAGAAAGAUGCCUACAUGAACCAGGCCCGGUCCAUCCUCUUCAAUCUCAAGGACACGAAGAACGCUACCUUUAGGUUCAAAGUUGUCGUUGGCUUCUUCCAGCCGGGCCAGCUGCCCAAGCUGACGGCAGAGGACAUGGCCAGCGACGAAAAGAAUGCCGAGCGAGCCAAGCAGAGGCAAUAUGCUAUGGAGGCGUUGGACCAGGGUUGGGCAUUGAAGAACGGGCAGCAGCUGACAACCGGAAUGUUCACCUGUGGCAAAUGCAAGGCCUGCCAUCGUCACCUUCUCACUCCAGUGCAUCUUGUUAUCAAGCAUUUUUUCUACUCUUUGUGGGGAAUCUCGUCCUUAUCCUUGACCGGGCGAGAUCACGACAUCAAUAAUUGUGUCAUGGUGAUCGUCAAGAAAUGCCGGCCUCAUGGCCAGGUGUCAUGUGACCUUUUAAGGCUGUUCUGCUGA